CCUUUUUGACGUUGAGGUGUUAUUGCUGGAUGUGGCCAUGCCCUCUUUUUAACUAUUUUGACGCCAUGUGAGAUACAUGGUUAUGCAAAUGAAAACUCCAUGCUAGUGCGAGCAAAAAAGGAACAAGGCAAAAAAAAUGGAUUUUUGCAUAGCGUUGCGCACGUUACGGGCCAAAAGUGUAUUAUAUAAAGGCAACCAUUACAGCCGUUUCCCCACAUCAAACAAAAUACUUGAACAUUUUAAACACACACACAUUUUGUUUUUCUUGCUCUUUUACAAUGCUCAAAGCUCUCCUCUUCAGUCUUCUCCUCACCCUCGCAAGCAGCACACCAUGUCGCCGCACCAACACCCCAACCCCCCAAAAAGCUACAUCCUACCUCCAACCUGACCCAUCAGCCUCAACAAAGAUAAACGGCACCGUGGACAUCACCCAAACCAAAACCGGUCUGCACCUCAAACUCUACAUUCAAGGUCUUUCACCGGGUGAACACGGGUUCCAUGUUCACGCCUUUGGAUCCAUUUUUCCCAAUUGCACUGCAGCGGGUGAUCACUUCAAUCCUGACAACACUACCCAUGGUGCUCCGACCGAUUCUGUACGGCAUGCCGGUGAUUUGGGUAAUAUCGUUGCAAAUGAGUUUGGAGUUGUUGAUACUGAGAUUGUGGAUUCGGUUAUUGCUUUGGAUGGACGGUAUAAUAUCAUUGGGAGGUCGUUUGUCGUUCAUGCCAAUCGAGAUGAUUUGGGUCGUGGGAAUGCGCCGACGUCGAAAACGAAUGGGAAUUCGGGAGCGAGGGUUGCCUGUGGCGUUAUUGGGAUUGCUAAAUCAUAAUUGUUACUUUUUGUAGUUUGUAGGGAUUUUUUUGUCAACCUUAAUUGUCUUUGAAAUGUAUGAUCAACAUGUACUUUUAUUGUUUUUAUUCGUUUGUAUAGCUCCCAUGGAAUGGUGGAUGCCCGUCCAACUUGUUGUGG